UAACUACUCCUGAAACUUCUAACAUCUAUAAAAACCGACCCAACACAACUCAGAAUCAACACACAAAACUGACAAACAAUAAACUCUGUUAUCAUUUCUCGACACCUCGAAUCCCUCUUCUCCUCAGAAUGGCUUAUCUUCGCUUUUCGCCAUCAUUCUUUUUGAUGUUGCUCAUCGCUUUGUCAAUUCAGGUGGGUGCAAGACAGCUUCUUGAAACGAAAUUGCCGGAUGUACCUAAUCUUCCAAAACCUGAACUUCCUGUCCUACCAAAACCUGAAAUACCAGAGUUUCCGAAGCCUGAAGCUCCUAAAGUGCCUGAAUUACCGAAACCUGAAAUGCCCAAAUUGCCCGAAUUUCCAAAGCCUGAACUACCUAAGUUACCUGAAUUGCCAAAGCCGGAACUUCCAAAGGUGCCGGAAUUUCCAAAACCUGAACUACCCAAGUUACCUGAAUUAAAGAAACCUGAAGUUCCAAAGAUGCCGGAAUUGCCAAAACCUGAGAUUCCCAAGAUUCCUGAACUGCAAAAAACUGAAGUUCCCAAGACCCUUGAACUGCCAAAACCCGAACUCCCCAAGAUUUCCGAAAUGCCUAAACCCGAACUCCCCAAGAUUCCUGAACUGCCAAAACCUGAAGUUGCAAAAGUACCUGAAAUUCCAAAACCUGAACUUCCCAAGAUCCCUGAAUUGCCAAAACCUGAGAUUCCGAAGGUGCCAGAAUUGCCAAAACCCGAACUCCCCAAGCUUCCCGAGUUCCCCAAACCUGAGCUCCCACCUCUUCCACACUUUCCGGAGCUUCCAAAGCCGACAUUGCCUACCGUACCAAUCACUCCCAAAGAGAUUAAACCACCUCAGUCAACUACUACUACUCCUUGAAUCAAUGUUUACAUUUAGUCCAUUUUAUGUAUACUCGGUGGAUUUCACAUAGCUUUCUUCAUUCAAUAUUAUUAUUGCAUCAUAUAUUGUUUAGCACAGAAGUUUGUAUUUGUAUGUCCGGUUGAUUGUUUUGUAAUUUUUUUUAUUCAGAUCGUCUAUCUUUUAUACGUACGUUGAAUCGUUGUAUUUUAUACUAUUUCUUCAGUUAUAUAUAUGAUAAAAUAACUUUUGCUUUUA